UAUAUAAUCAGCGUCAUCUCCUUCAUCCCCUUCAGCAGGUGCAGACAGCUUUCUUCGCCAUUUUACCUGCAUCUGUUAUCUCUAUCCCUCUGGGAUCUGGGUUUUAUUCUUCAUUUUCGGGGAAUCAAAACAAUAUCUACUCUGUUUGUUUGUUUUCAAAUUUGUAUCAGAUAAGUACCAAUUCAAUUUUGUAUCAGAUAAGUACCAAUUCAAUUUUGUAUAAUUACGUGUAUAUAUUUGAAAUUCGAUUGAGGAACGAUCAUUCAAAAAAUGCCGCCAUUGGAGGAGGAACUCUUUCCUUCAACCCCAGGUAAAAUUAAGAUACAUCAUCACACGAUGAGUAGGGCGAUUCAACGAUGUUUCACAUCAACCAGCACGAUGUUCCUUUGGGCUUUGUUUUUGAUAGCCCUUAUGGCAUCGUAUAUGAGCAUCCAGAGUUUCGUCGAUUCCGGUAGCCGGUACCUCCACCACACCAACUCCCGGGUUCACGGUGGACUCGUUUGGGAGAAACAAAUCCGUUCAUCCGCCCAGAUCCGUCGUUCUAAUGGGAUAUCGGUGCUCGUUACCGGCGCAGCUGGUUUCGUCGGUACACACGUCUCCCUCGCGUUAAAAAAACGCGGCGAUGGCGUCGUUGGCCUUGAUAACUUUAACGACUAUUAUGACCCUUCGUUGAAAAAGGCACGAUGCGCUCUUCUCGAUUCCCACAACAUCUUCGUCGUCGACGGUGAUAUCAACGACCAACGCCUCCUAGCAAAACUCUUCGAUCUCGUGGCCUUUACCCACGUGAUGCACCUCGCUGCGCAGGCCGGCGUACGGUACGCCAUGGAAAACCCCCAUUCUUACGUCCACAGCAACGUCGCCGGACUGGUCACGCUUCUGGAACAAUGCAAGUCAGCCGACCCGCAACCCGCCAUCGUAUGGGCCAGCUCCAGUUCAGUCUACGGGUUAAACGAUAAGACACCAUUUUCCGAAUCGGAUCGAACCGACCAACCCGCUUCCCUCUACGCCGCCACAAAAAAAGCAGGAGAAGCAAUCACACAUACAUACAACCAUAUUUACGGGUUGUCAAUAACAGGAUUGAGAUUUUUCACGGUUUAUGGCCCGUGGGGUCGACCCGACAUGGCAUAUUUCUCCUUCACCCGGAAUAUUCUACAGGGGAAACCAAUAACGGUGUACCGGGGCAAAAACCGGGUUGAUUUGGCCCGGGAUUUUACUUACAUCGAUGACAUAGUGAAAGGGUGUGUGGCGUCGUUGGAUACAUCGGGUAAGAGCACCGGGUCGGGUGGGAAGAAGAAGGGUGCAGCACCGUAUCGGAUAUUCAAUCUGGGAAACACGUCGCCGGUGACGGUACCAGCGCUGGUGAGCAUACUGGAGAAAAAUUUGAAGAAGAAGGCAAAGAAGAACGUGGUGGAGAUGCCUGGAAACGGCGACGUCCCGUUCACGCAUGCGAAUAUCAGUUUGGCCCAGAGGGAACUCGGGUAUAAACCGACGACCGACUUGCCAACCGGGUUGAGAAAAUUUGUUAAAUGGUAUUUAUCUUAUUACGGCUACGAUCACUCCUUGCCUGUAAAUUAAAUUCUUUUUAUUUUUUUAAAUUAGAAUUCUUUUUCUUUUUCACUCUUUUUUUUAAUUAAAAAAAACUAAUUAAAAAAGAAAAAAAACGAGAGAGUUGCCCUUUUACACGGGGAUUUGGUAACAUGAUGCUUAUUUUUGUUUUCCUACUUUUUCAUUAAUGAAUGAUGAAAUGUUUUCUCCCCUCAUUAAAUUGUUAGAUAUUGAAACAGUUAUUAAAUAAGAGAAUAUAAAAAUUAUGUGUAAAA